AUGGAAGACAGCCUGAGUGACGCAAACGCAGAUUUAGGACACAAUCUUAGGCUUUCUAGAUUGCUGCAGACGUCGCCAUCUAUUUCAACGUCCCCUGGCAGUUCAAUCCGGUCAUCGUCUGCAGCCUCUAUAUUUGAAAGGGACAUAGAGCCUGGCCAUCCAAUACACUCUGGUUUCCUAGGCUCUAGGGAGGCUGCCGACUUAUCGACUGCACCAGCUUUAUCAGGCGCUGUCGAGGCUUUUGUGGGCGGUCACCCUAGUGACUCGAUAGGCGUGGAAAUGGCAGCAUCCAAUGAUUGCAAUGUCCUGAACAGCCCGUCGCAAUCAUUCAUUCUUCCACCGCCUUCUCCGCCAAGUUUAGACACACAGAUGGGCAAAUUGCAGUCUACGCAAUCAAUACAUUCGUCUAUUUUGCCAGCGUCACCGCCAAAUUCACCUCCACCAAGCCACCAGCCGCAGACACCGUCCCCGCUCAAUCCGCAUGCCCAACAUUCACCUCGAUUGGCGUCACAGAAUCAAUCAUUAGUGGGAAGUAGCUCGACCUCACCAAUGCCAGCGAACGUACACGAUUCACCUGCUAGUCACAGGAUCAGCUUGCUGAGUUACGGCGACGUCAUUAGCGAACGUCCAACAUCCGCUGUACCACUCCAGACAGCAAUCAGCCAUCAACAUGCACCUCAGUCACAGUUAUUGACUGAUGAGAAUGACAAUCAGGCUUCACCUGCCUCAAAUUAUGUCGAAGAACGCAAUAGGGAGCUUGAAAGAGCAGCUCUUAGUAAGGGAUUAGAAGCACGUCUUGAAACGUUGUCUUUUCCUGAGAGCGCACAGAUCUCGCCACUUCAGCAACCAUCUUCACGCAAUGCGUCGCCUGUUCCACAUCUCCCAGAAUCUACCGUUCCUGUCGUGCCAUCCGAGGAGAGAUUCAUCGAGGAGAAAGAAACAGUUACAGAGCGUGGGGCUGAGAGGCUCUCACAUCGUAUUCAAUCAUUAGCCAAUUAG